AUGUCAUCACCUUUAAGUUCUUCUGCUAAUGGAUCGAAGUCGUUGGAGAUCCCCAAGAAGCAGGAAAGAGGAAGACCGAAAUCUAAUUCAAUUUCCAACGCCAUGCUACAUCGUCAUCGGGAACGAGGAAAUGAAAAGAAAGUUUCAUUUUCUACGUUCCAGGAUAGCUCCAGUCAGAUAUUCACACUGACUUCUAACUCUUCAAGUGACGACGAUUACCAUUAUUAUGGAUCCAGCGAACUGUAUCCUAAUGACUCCCACGAAGGGAUACCAGACAAAGGAAAUCAACAAGAUACAUAUAUAAAGGAGAAUAGUCGUACGCCCCCACAACACCAUGACUUUUCGCCAGUACGCAAAAACUCGUUAAAGAAGUUAUCAUCGUAUCCGGGAGAACGAAUGGGGGUGUCCCAGUCGUUAGACUCUCAGUUAAUAGAUGAUCGUAACACAGGUAGCUCACCGUUGCCGGAAUUCAACAAAAGGCCAUUGACAGACACUCCAAUAGUAUCGGGAGUUGCUUCUCCAGUGACACGGGAUCAGUCUAGUGACUAUGAUGAAACAGAUGAAGAUGAAGAAUCUAAGAAUGAAGCUAAGCAGGAAUCGCCAAUGUUGAAGACUAAGAACAUAUCACACUUGAACUUGACAGACUUGAACGAUAAUAUAUUGAAAAAGGGCAUAAAAGCUCCAAAUCCACACUCAAGCAAUAAGUCAGAGUCUAUAUCCCCCAUGACGGUGAAUGAACCGAAGAAAGGAGGAGAUACCACACAAGCUGAUGGAAACAAAAGAGACGAUUUACAGACACUUAAAAUUAAUAAAGAAGAAACGGAAGAUUUAUUACAGGACGUUCCGUUGGAUAUGAAAAAACAAUUUGAAAAGACCCCUUCAAUAGAACAUUUGAAAAAUCUUUUGUUGACCAAACCUCCUCCACCUGCGCGUAAAACGUAUACAUUAAAUAUUCCUGGUCAGACAUCAUCAAAAACUUCUCCCGAUGGCCACAUUGCUUCUGUUGAUGUGGGAUCUAAAUUAGUUAUUGUGAUGGUUGGGUUGCCUGCAAGAGGUAAAUCGUACAUUACGAAUAAAUUAACUAGAUACCUUAAUUGGCUUCAGCAUGAUUGCCGCGUUUUCAAUGUUGGUAAUACUAGAAGAAAAGAUAAAGAAAAUAAUGCCGGACCUGAAACCAACCCCUUACCAGAUACAAACACACCCAAUAACGAGGCAAAUACUCCUCCGUCACAUUCCACCAAGACAACUCCAGCUACCCAUAGUGCCGAUUUCUUCAGUCCAGAUAAUAAAAGUACUAAUGCAAUCCGUGAAAAAUGGGCAAUGGACACUUUGGAUCAAUUGUUAAAUUAUGUUAUUGAUGGCUCUGGUUCCGUCGGAAUUUUUGAUGCCACCAAUUCGACUAAAAAGAGAAGAAUGAAAAUUUUAAAGAAAAUUAAGGAGAGAUCAAAAGGAGAAUUGAAAGUAUUAUUCUUGGAAAGUAUUUGUUCUGAUCCAGCAAUUAUUGAAUCAAAUAUCAGAUUAAAAUUAUCUGGCCCAGAUUAUCACUCAAUGGAUCCAGAGGUAGCAUUAAAAGAUUUCGUUGGUAGGUUGCACAAUUAUGAAAAGGCAUAUGAAACUAUCGACGACGCAGAAGAAGCUAUUCCAGGUUUCCAAUAUGUUAAGAUGAUUGAUGUUGGUAAGAAGGUUGUCAGUUAUAAUGUUCAAGGAUUUUUAGCAUCCCAAACAAUUUACUUCUUGUUGAAUUUCAAUUUGUGUGAAAGACAAAUUUGGAUCACAAGACAUGGAGAAAGUGUGGAUAAUCUUUCUGGUAGAAUUGGUGGUGAUUCUAACUUAACUAAGAGAGGUGAAAAUUUUGCCAGAACAUUACUGAGAUUCAUGAACUUCCAGAGACAAGAAUUUCGCAAACAGCAAUUGGAAAGGUUUUCUACUAGGUUGGAAUUGAGAUAUAACUCAAUCUUUGACAAAGAAAAGAACGAAGAAACCAGAGUGGAUAGCAUACCAUCUGAACCAAAUUUUUGUGUGUGGACUUCCAUGUUAUACCGUGCAGUGGAGACAGGACAAUUCUUUGACGAACAGUUAUUCUCUAUUAAGGAAAUGAGAAUGUUGAAUGAGUUAGGUGGUGGUAAAUUCGAAGGAUUGACUUACAAUGAAAUCCAAAGUAGAUAUCCUAAGGAAUUUCAAGCAAGAUUGCAUAAUAAAUUAAGUUAUAGAUAUCCAGGCGUCGGAGGAGAGUCUUAUUUGGAUGUUUUGACCAGAUUAAGACCACUAAUCACAGAAAUUGAAAGAACAACGGAUCAUUUGUUGAUUAUUUCUCAUCGCGUGGUUUUAAGGAUUUUGUUGGCAUACUUUCUUAACCUUGACAAGUCGUCAAUUGGCGAACUAGAUGUUCCUCUUCACACAUUGUAUUGUUUGGAACUGAAACCAUACGGAACUGAUUACCGUAUGUACGAAUACGAUGAAGGCUUAGACUGGUUCGUGAAAGUUGAACCAGAACACCAGAAGAACCUCAAGGAAGUAGGGGUUGCCUUCAAAGAAAGAAAAUACUCAGUGGUUCCCACUGCCCCACCUUCCAGCUCCUCCAAAAAGUCGAGAGAUAGAACAUUCAGCAAUAAUACGACCCGUAAUUCUAUUAAUGAAUCCUUUGGCCUAAGACGAAGCUCCAGUUUUGGAUCUAGACCUGUCGGAGGUUCCACCCAUUCGUCAUCGUACCACAAUAAUGAUCAAGCAGCUGCUCAAGAUCAUAACUCAAGUAAUGAUCAUAUGCGCAAUAGAAUAAGCUCUAAAAAACUAGAGGAUUUGAAUAAAUUAAGGAAACCUUAA